CACACACACACACACCAUAGAGUAGCUAGCACUGCCUCCAUCUGUGAAGAGCAGAUUAGCUGUAUACUGAGCAGGGUCCGAGUGCAGCCAGCAUUCUCACCCCUGCCAGGUUAACACUUUAACAACUUAGCCUUGUGUGUUGACUAAGAACCAAAAGGCUUAAUACAAAUGAUAUUUAGAUGGCGUUAAAUUAGUGUUUUUUAUUUUACUUUGAUUACAUGUAAACUUCGGAGUGGCUGACCUUAAAGGCACCAAGGUCUCAGAGUAAGGAUCGAAGAUGGUGGCUAAAUAUUGGGGGUGGCAGUACAAAUACUCACGUAUGUUGCUGUUGCCAUCACGUUUUCAUUAGUAGCAAGCGAGCUAAGUGCAGGGAUGAUUCAAUCAGUUUGUUCUUAAGCAGCAGACAUGCAGGUGUUCCUUGUCUUUAUGUUGUGAUGAACACUUUGGGUCCUGCUGCCAGACUCUUAAAGUUUUAUGUUUAUUUUUGUACUUUGUCUUCUUAAUUAGUGGAAUUUUCUUCUUUUACUGUUUGAUGCUUUUAAUCAUUUUUAGUUGGUCAGUGUGUGGUUUAUUGUGUUUCCCCCUGCAUAGCCUUCCAUUGACGUCUUUGGAUUUUUUAUUAAACAUUUUGAAAUGUUUUCAGUCUCAAUGAAGGCCUGCUUAAAGUCAUUUGAGUUAGUUGUGCUGGAUUUGGCCACAAACCUCUGCUGGCUAAUGCCAGCAAUAUUGUGUUAAAUAUGUUUAUAUCUGUCCCUCAAUAACUCAAGAAUGAGUAAAGUGCAGAAACAAACCCUAAUACUUGUGUUUAAUCUAUUUCAAAUUAAGUUUUCAAAGAAGAAAAAAGUUGUUAGGAGUUUUCUGCCCCUUUGUGAAUUCUAUUUCAUGGAUAAGACCAGAGGCCCUCAGACUCUUGCACUCUCUGUAGGUAGUUCAUUACUCUGCCAGUCUAAUCUAGACUGUUCACCCUUUCCUUUUAAAAUAGACGUAUUCAUGAAACAUAUAAAAAUACAUUUAAAAACAGAACAAGUUGAUUAGAAUGAAGUUUGAAUUACUUGGUUAAUGUUCACAGACAGACACACACAUACUGUAACAUCUCAGACAUGAGGAAAUGUUCAGUUAAACAUUCCAUUGCUCACAAAUGAUGAUUUGAGGCAUCACAGAAACUGAUGGAGCAGAACAGGACAUCAGACUGUUAUUUAAUAUGUUCAAAACAACUCUGUGUGAUUUGGAUUAAUAUGUAAAUCAAACAAACCACUGAUCUCUGUUAAUGUUUAUACAGUUCUGUUAAAUAACAUAAUGAUGCUUCUCAAUGCUCAGGUGUGCUUCAAACUAAAACUAUGCUGCAUGCAGUUACAUUUUUUUUCUAGUUUGGUGAUCUAUAAUCACCUCCACAUGAUUAUAGAUUAUUAAGUGACUGGAAUCAAACAAUUUGAUGAAUAACUGAUGUUUUAUUAAUUUAUUUGUAAAUCAAACCGUUUUGUGUUUUUAUUUCUCAGAAGGAAACAGUCAUCUCUCUAUUUGAAGUGAUACAAAGCUGUAUGCUGCCAUUUCCUGUUGGUUGUUUUAAAAUGACUAAUGUUGGUAAUGUUGGUUUGGUUUAGCUGCAGGGCAGAUGUGACAAAUGAUGCUGCACAGUUUCAGUGUUCAUGUGUCAGCGAGACAGUGUGAGAGAGAAAAUUAUGUUUUUUCAUCAGCGUACCACCAAACUGCUUCAAAAUUUACAUUUACAGUGAAGCUUGACACAAAAAGCCUUUCCACAUAAAUAGCUUGUUAAAAUUUCGCUCAAAGAGCAGUGUUUAUUCCUCUAAGUGUUUUUGUUUUCAGCAUUUACUAGAAUAUUUUUAUCAAAAGUGUGUAUUUCUACUGAAAGUUGGUGUGUAGUUUUUCCACCUCUGGUCAGAGGUGGGUUUGUGUAUGAAGCGUUGUCUGUCUCACACAUGACACAAGGACAUUUUGAUGAACUCAGAAUGAACUGCCAGCCAUGGGAUAUGUUUGAGAGCUUCACAAAUGGUAAGAUGUAUAUGUGACAGGACUGCAGUUGGUGACUUGAAAUGUUUCUGUAACAGUGCCAGCUCAGGGCCAAGGCAAGAAGCCCAACUAGAAAGCCCGUUUUAAGUAUUUCCAGAUGUUGGCAGUUGGGCCACAGCGUGUGUAUACAUAAAUGCUGAGGAGUUUGUCCUUUGUCUUUAUUCUGUUGCACGAACCAUACUGGACUAAAUGUUCCUCAUUGUCUCCCUCCUCAGCUAAACCUCCAUUAUAGCAGGUUGGCAACCUGUCCAGGGUGUACCCUACCUCUUGCCCUAUGAAUAGGCUCCAGCCCCACCUUAACCCUUAAAAGGAUAAGCGAGAGAAUGUAUGGAUCAAUAAUUUGUGUUUCCUCAGCAGGUGAAGGUAGAAAGUGUGUGUGAGCUGAUGUGAAUUGAGCAGCAUGGAUCAGUGUGAGCACAGAGAGGAGGGAGUCCCUCCCUCUAAAACCACUCUGUGUGGGGAACAUGAGAGCCAGACCAAAGCUCAGAGGAACCCACCUGGACCUCCACCCAGCUCUGUGUCCUUACAGAGUGACGCGUCUGAAGAUCGCGUCAUUGAAUUUAAAGUCCAGCCUGUGUCUCCUGCAGAGAGGAUCAAUCUGAUAUCUGAUCCCCAUGAACCUGGCACCAGCUGUGUGUCCUUCAAGAGUGACCAAUCAAAGGAUCAUAUUAAAACAUUUAAAUCAGGCCUCUGUCCUCCUGCAGAGAGAGUGGACCAGGAGAGCUCAGAGCUUCCCAGUGGUCAGGCUGCCCAGCAGCAUCAAACACAGCUGGACUCCAUAUUUAUGGUCUUGGAAGACAAAAUGAUCACUUUUGUAAAAGAAGAACUUAAAAAGAUACAGAAGGUUCUGAAUCCAGAUUACGCAGAAUGCUCACAGAGUCAGAGGGAGAAAAACCAGGCAUUCAAGAGUGAGGAAGAAUGCCAUAAGGACAGUAGAGAAUCAUUAAUAAAGAUCAUACUGAACUUCCUGAGGAGAAUGAAGCAGGAGGAGUUGGCUGAUGAAGUGCAGAGCAGAACCUUAAUUAGGAACGCUGAGUGGACUAAGCAUAAACUUAAAUCUACUUUGAAGGAGAAGUUCCAGUGUGUGUUUGAGGGGAUUGCUAAAGCAGGAAACCCAACCCUUCUGAAUCAGAUCUACACAGAGCUCUACAUCACAGAGGGAGAGACUGCAGAGGUCAAUAAUGAACAUGAGGUCAGACAGAUUGAAACAGCAUCUAAGAAGCUAGACAAUUUGGAGUCUACAAUCAGACAUGAAGACAUCUUUAAAGGCUCACAUGAAAAAGAUGAACCAAUCAGAACAGUGCUGACAAAGGGAGUGGCUGGCAUUGGGAAAACAGUCUUAACACAGAAAUACUCCCUUGACUGGGCUGAAGACAAAGCCAACCAGGACAUCCAGUUUAUAUUUCCAUUCACUUUCAGAGAGCUGAAUGUGCUGAAAGAGGAAAAGUUCAGCUUGGUGGAACUUGUUCAUUACUUCUUUAAAGAAACCAAAGAAGCAGGAAUCUGCAGCUUUGAAGACUUCCAGGUUGUGUUCAUCUUUGAUGGUCUGGAUGAGUGUCGACUUCCUCUGGACUUCCACAAAACUACAAUCCUAACUGACCCUAGAAAGUCCACCUCAGUGGAUGAGCUGCUGAUAAACCUCAUCAGGGGGAAACUGCUUCCCUCUGCUCGCCUCUGGAUAACCACACGACCUGCAGCGGCCAAUCAGAUCCCUCCUGGAUGUUUUGACAUGGUGACAGAGGUCAGAGGGUUCACUGACCCACAGAAGGAGGAGUACUUCAGGAAGAGAUUUAGGGAUAAAAAGCAAGCCCACAGAAUCCUCUCCCACAUCAAGACAUCACGAAGCCUCCACAUCAUGUGCCACAUCCCAGUCUUCUGCUGGAUCACUGCUACAGUUCUGGAGGAUGUGCUGAAAACCAGAGAGGGAGGACAGCUGCCCAAGACCCUGGAGGAGAUCCAACAAUACACAAGUUCAGGAAGUCUCUCCACAGAAGAACUGUCUCCUGCUCAGUGGUCAGCUCUUGCCUUCAUCUUACUGUCAUCAGAAAAAGAUCUGGAAGUGUUUGACCAGAAGAAUUACUCUGCUUCAGAGGAGGCUUUUCUGAGGCUGCUGCCAGUGGUCAAAAACUCAAAUACAGCACUACUUGGUGGCUGUAACCUCUCAGAGAGAAGCUGUGAAGCUCUGUCCUCUGUUCUCAGCUCACAGUCCUCUAAUCUGAGAGAGCUGGAUCUGAGUAACAACAACUUGCAUGACUCAGGAGUGAAGAUGCUCUCUACAGGACUGCAGAGUCUGUGUUGUACACUGGAAACUCUCAGUCUGUCAGGCUGUCUGAUCACAGAGGAAGGCUGUACUUCUCUGGCUUUAGCUCUGAGUUCGAAUCCCUCUCAUCUGAAAGAGCUGGAUCUGAGCUACAAUCAACCUGGAGACUCAGGAAUAAAACUGCUGUCGGCAGGAUUGAUGGAUCCAUCCUGGAGACUAGACACUCUCAGGGUGGAGCCUGCUGGAGUCCAAUGGUUGAGACCAGGU